UAUGGUACUAGUACAGGAGUUCCUGCUUUUUCCUGCCUUGGAGAAUCCAAUUACCUCUAUUUCCCAUUCGUAUUUAUAUAGACCUAGCCCAUACCUACAUUCACCCAGUUACCGGGAGGAAUAACCCACUUGAGUUUCCGAGACUUACUACGACCAAAGGUCCAGCGACGCUCGCUGACGAAGUCCUGUGACGGCUCCGGCUAAACUUGGGGUCACAGUUCCACAAUUGCCACAACUGUUUACAUUUUUUGGUCUCUCCAUCGUGCUCCGCCUUCUUCGUCUCUCUCUUCCACUUCUCUCGUUUAUUUCAUAUACACUAUCUUGUUAAUAUGGCUGCCAACACUCUGAGGAAGAGAAAAAUCGCAGUUCUAGGUUCCCGUUCAGUUGGCAAAUCUUCUCUUGUCAUACAGUUCAUCGAGAACCAUUUUGUUGAUGCAUACUAUCCAACCAUCGAAAGCACCUUUUCGAAAGGUGUAGCUUAUAGAGGCAUAGAAUAUGACUGUGACAUCAUCGACACCGCUGGCCAGGACGAGUACUCAAUUCUCAAUUCUAAACAUGCAAUUGGUAUUCACGGCUACGUCCUCGUGUACUCAGUCACCUCAAGACGAUCUUUCGAUAUGAUCAAAAUCGUAUACGACAAAAUCGUUGAUUUUUGUGGCAAAAACGACAUCCCAUGCGUGAUCGUUGGCGCCAAAACUGAUUUACAGUCGAGUCCCAAUAGUAGACAGGUGGCUCCAAAUGAAGGGGAAGAGCUUGCAAAACUCAACAACGCUGCUUGGGUCGAGACUAGCGCGAAGAAUAAUGUCAACGUCGGCAAAGUCUUCGAGCUAUGUCUUGCGGAGAUUGAGAAACGAUCACCAUCUAGCAAAACGGAUCAGCCAGAAGCAAGCAGGUGUCUUAUUAUGUGAUAGACGCGACUCGGCCGUCCCUGGUCACCUUGCUGCCAUGCUCUCCGGUUACCCAGUCUCCCUUCAUACCCUGAGC